CCGACUCAGUGUCUGUGAGCCAGUCCAGGCAGAGUCGCCGCUCAGAACUGCUGCGUACGCACUCAGGCACAUACACACUCACAGUACGCUGCCGUCCGCUCACUCUCUCUCACACACACUCGCGCGCACGACCGGCAGCUACACGCCACAAGAGCAGCAGCCUCGUAGCAGAGCGACAGAGCCAGAGAGAAGAGAGGAGAGGGAGAAAAGAGAAGAGAGAGGAGAUAAGUGAGAAGAGCGCGGCUGCCUCGUUUAGCCUCUCCACCAGCAUGAAGCACUCCGUGUGCCUCUUGCUUCUGCUGAGCACCGGGGGCUGCCUGUCCUCCCCCGUGACCCCCACGCUGACCUCCGACGUCUCCACGCCUCCCCCGGACCCCUGCGAGGGCCAGCCCUGCCUCAAUGGCGGCUCCUGUGAGCCCGCGCCCUCCUCGCCCGAGACGUCCGAGUCGCCACCCGACACCCAGGCGUACACCUGCUCCUGCGGCUCGGGGUACACGGGGCCGAACUGCGAGUUUUUUACAGACCCCUGUGCCAGCAGCCCCUGCCUCCAUGGUAACUGCAGCCGCAGUGGCGAUGGUAGCAUGUACACAUGCGAGUGCAGCGAUGGUUUCGAGGGGGAGAAGUGUGACCAGCCCCUCCUGAGCCUGGCCACGUUUGCCUGGGCCUCGUCGUCUGCACCACCUGCCCCAGAGCAUGCCACACCUGCCACGACCAGCACACCCACCACUGUCCCUUCUACGACUCAGGCUCCACCCACACUGCAGCCAUGGCAACCUAGGUUGGGACAGAGAGUGGCUGAGAUAGCUUGGGAAGAGGAGCAGGUAACAGACGGGACAACCUGUGGGAAUGUGUCCUCAGGAAUGGUCUCUCUUUCCCUAGAGAUAGCUGACGAGACAGCUGUAAAGAUUCAGAUGAAUGGCAGUUGGGCUGCAGUUCUGUGGCGAGUCGACGAGAGAGAGUUCCAGCGCUGCUCCAUCUUAGACGGCUCUGCUGCCUGGAUCCAGCAGGCCUCGGACGGACUGGUUCUGCCCGGGGAGUCCCUCCCCCUCGGUCACAGCUACUUCCUGGGUUUCUUUCGGAGUGGCACCCCUGGUGUUUCUGAGGUGCUACUGCGCCUGCAUCUCACAGUGAAGGCCAGCAGCUGUGUGGAGCCCGGCAGCCGCUUCAGCGACCCACAAUGCUCUGGGAGGGGGAGAUGUGUCACUCAGCCCACAAAGAGCACCUUUUACUGUGAGUGUGAGGAGGGAUAUUCUGGAAUCUUCUGUGAGGAGUUUGAUGCUUGCCAUCUGAAGCCUUGUGAGAACAGUGGCACAUGCAGUGACCUAAGACAAGGGGAUGAGGGGCGCAACUUCACGUGCACCUGUCCUCCAGGGUUCGCAGGAGAGCGUUGCCAGGUUCUGGUGGAUCACUGUCUGUCUCAGCCCUGCAGGAAUGGGGCCACCUGUUCCAGUGACCUCCUCGGACCCACCUGCCAUUGCCCGGAGGGGUACGAGGGAGCGCAGUGUGAUCAGAGGAUUGACCCCUGUGCCUCCUCUCCCUGCCACAACAACGGCAGCUGCUUCUCGGAUGGGCGGGGCUUCGGUUUCGGCUGCAGCUGUGCCCCUGGUUUCACGGGCCCCACCUGUGCCCAGCUCGUCGAUUUCUGUGCCCUCAACCCCUGCGCCCAUGGGAUCUGCCGAAGCGUGGGCACCAGCUACAGGUGCCUCUGUGUGCCAGGGUACCAUGGGCUGUACUGUGAGGAGGAGUACAAUGAGUGUCUGUCAGCUCCCUGCCAGAACCAUGCUACCUGCAGGGACCUCGUGAAUGCCUAUGAGUGUGUCUGCACUCCACAGUAUCAGGGGAGACACUGUGAGAUCUACAAGGACCCAUGCCUGAAAGUGCACUGUCAGAAUGGAGGAACCUGUGAAAGACUAGGCCUCAACUCCACCUGUGUGUGUCCACCUGGCUUCAUGGGGACAAACUGUGAGAUCGACAUCAAUGAGUGUGACAGCAACCCCUGUCACCACGGCGGCACCUGCAUUGACCAAUCAAACGGCUUCACCUGUCAUUGUCCACAAGGGUGGGUGGGAGCAAGCUGUGAGAUCCACUUGCAGUGGAAGGCCGCUCACCCUGAGGACACCCUUCCCAGCAUGCCCCGCCACUCCCUGUACAUCAUCAUCGGGGCUCUGUGCGUGGCCUUCGUCCUCAUGCUCAUCAUCCUGAUCGUGGGGAUCUGCCGCAUCAGCCGCAUCGAGUACCAGGGCUCCUCCCGCCACGCCUACCAGGAGUUCUACAACUGCCGCAGCAUUGACAGCGAGUUUAGCAACGCCAUCGCCUCCAUUCGCCACGCCAGGUUUGGAAAGAAGUCUAGACCUGCUAUGUACGACGCCACACCCAUCACCUACGAAGAUUACAGUCCUGAUGACAAGCCACUUGUCACUCUGAUCAAAACAAAAGAUUUAUAAAACACCCACAGCCUCUUCACUCAGUCCACGUGCACUUCAAUUUCCUGUUCAGUAUUUAUUUCUUUAUAAAAAAAAACAAAUGUGCAUCAUUGAAGAGAAAAGUAUUCCGUAUAUUUUCCUGUUGGGAACCCAUGAUGCUAUUACAUGUAAGGCUGUAGUAUGCAUAAUCUUUAAUGUGCGCUAACUUGAUCAGAGGUGAGCGAAACAGCCACCGUUGGUAAGUAAAUAGUGUUACGCCUGCUGUGUGUUGGGGGAGGGGGCCAAAAGAGCCCCUGCCCGACCUCCAUCCUGAUAGGCUAAAAUCUAACCCUAGAGUCAUCAGACAUGUGACCACUCAGAGCUGAUAGCAGUAAUUACUGAUGUCGUACAGUAGUAAUAGGUGCAUUUGUUACAGUGCAGUAAGAUAUAUAAAAAUAAUUCUGCAGUAGGUUGCCUUAAUCGGUGCAUGGGUAGAUCUGAUGGUUUCGCCAUUAUUUGGAACCUUAUAUACAUUGUUGUUUAUUUAGUGUUAGUGACAUAGUCUUCUCUGGACCAGAUGCGGUGAUGGACGGAUCUUACUGGCCACUGUGUUGUAGAGGCAAAGAGUGUUCCUUGUUAAUUUUAUUGGUUGUUCUGUUCAUUGUUUUGAAGCAAGUAAAAUAAAAUGAUAAUUUUCGCCGUGUUUUCCAGUUUUCCAUUGAGAUCGAUGUCUCUGCUGGGGUACAGUGAGAGGUAACGUGUGAGUUUGCUGUAAUGUGCUUCUCUGUUUGUGUACGAUGGUGUUGAUCAUCUCAGGGUGGGCUCUUCUCUCUCCAUUUCCUGUCUUGAGGCCUGACCCAACAGAUGUUCUUCCUGGGUCACCUCUUUUUAUAAAAAAAUGUUUAAAAAAAAUAUCACGUGAUUGAAUUCUGUGUAAUGAUGUAUUAAUAAAGGUCAAAGUGAACACUU